AUGGCUGCAGAACAAGCAAUGCGUUACCCACCGAGACUUUACGAAGAAGGGAUGUCUAGCCUCAAGAAUAAAAGCAUGUGUACCUAUUUUAGGAUGGCAGAUUUCCCUGGGGUUAGGGAAUCAAUUGGACAAGACGCGUGGGAUGAGAUCAAGCAAUUACCUCUUGGAAUAGUUGCUAAAUUAGUUGAAAGCAAAUUUGUUUGGUCUGCUAAGACUGUACACUAUCUAUUGUGUAGACAGUUGAGAAUUAAACACAAAGAGCUUUGGUGUUUAGUUGGUGGCCAGCCUAUAAGGUUUGGUUUGAAUGAAUUCACUCACCUCACGGGGUUAAACAUAGAUCCAACUCCAUCAGAGAAGUUUGAACCUUCAGUUGACUUCAAACAGUUCUUAACAGAAGAAUUGAAAGUUCCUGGUGGGGAAGGUCCAACAUAUGAUGAGCUACUUAAAGGAUUAUUAGUGUGCCGGUCAUGGUCUGUUGAGAAGCGCAAGUGGUUGGGGCUAUUGAUUUUUCUAGCCAUUGGACUCUACUGCGUGCAUCAUAACUCACGGAUACCAUUUGAAGCUGCGAAAAUAGUUUCUGAUGAUAAAGCCGUGAAGGCUUAUCCAUGGGGUCGGGUCGCAUUUGAGACUAUGGUUGAUAAUGUCAAGUGCUUGAAUCCUAGAGGUAGUUCGUACACCCUUGGUGGGCCGGAUUACGUGUUACAAGCUUGGGCAUAUGAUUCUAUCAAAUGCUUAGGAGAGCGAUUCGGGAAUUUAGUCGAGAAUGAAGACAUCCCGUUGUUUCGAUGGCCUGGAACCCGUACACGUUCAGCAUUAGAUAUGGCCAUUGCUGAAGAUAUUAAAAAGUAUAGUAAGCUACGUGUGAGUACAAUGGUGAUGAAGGGUGAUGUAAGUGAGCUUUUUCAUACGUGGCCAAAUCAGACAGAAGAAGACCCACAACUUGUCAACUUGGUCAAUGACAUACAUGAAGAAAAGCUUGUUAAAGGUUUUUGGGAUGUGACAGUGAAAGAGGACAAGAAGAAAGCUGGAAAAGUUAGAGCAGCGGUUGAGUCUGAAUCUCCCGCUAAGAAGCAGAAAGUUGAAAAGGGUGGUGAUUCUGGUGCAGAAGAUGCACAAAAGAAAAAGAAGAAGAAGAUAAACGAGGAGGUAAAGCCUCAUGAACAGAAGAAUAAGAAGAAGAAGAGUGAGGAGGUAAAGGCUGAUAGUGAAGAGGACGAUGCUGGUGGAAAGGCGUCACUUAAAUUACUCGUGGGUAUGGUUUCAGAAAUGAAAUCAAGUAUUGAGACCAUGAAAUCAAAGGUUGAGACCUUUGAUGAUAAGUUCACACGUGUUGAUGAAGAAUUCGUCAAGAUGAAAGGCCUAAUUUCUUUCGUUGCCAGAGGUGGAGGCCUAGCUGGUCUCAUGAGUGGAGACAAAAACAUUCAGAAUGACGACACAUUACCACUCAAGAGCAUCUCCAAUAUCAGAAUCAGGGAAGCUUUUGGGAAAAAAAAAAGAACAGACACCUGA